AUGGACAUUGCCAAUACACAACAUGGCAGUCGACAAGUCGGUGACAAAGCAUAUCAAGCACCAACGACUUUGGACAUUGUCGAUCCAGUGACAACAGACAUUUCACAGUCAGUCCUUGCAACCGAAGAGACGGUAGUGGGACGGAAACAUGUAUCAGCAGCCUCCCACGAGUUAUCCGAGCCUCAGCUCUUAGUAGAUCCGGAGCCUAAGCAGUCACAGCACUCUUCUGACUGGACCGAGUCGAGUAGCUUGCAGCCAAAGACAACAACAUGCAACAUUCAACCUGCACACAGGUGGACGGACAAUCUGGAAAGCGCAAUUUUGUCGUUCGCAGUGGCUUUGCUUGCCGUGUACUUCUUGGUAUUUGCUGGGCUUGCAGUCAAGAAUGACGGAAUUGAGAUUGAAGAAGGCUCUCAGACCGAAUGGUUGCUACAGGCUGCGGGUUAUGGGCCCUCGGUAUUUCCUAUCCUGUUUGCUGCAGUGUUCGGUCAGCUUAUGGCCGCGAUCGCCUCCUGGAAAUUGGAAAAGAGCAUCACCCUUGGGCUCCUAGAACAAAUUCUGGCUAGUCGCUCACUUGGCUCUGCUUUCUUCUCGUUACUUAGUCUUCGCAUAUUCUCUCUCUGGACUCCGGUGAUUCUAUUGCUAUGGGGUCUCUCGCCCCUUGGAGGUCAGUCGGCGCUUCGUGUUGUGUCCUCUGAAACAGACAAUGCCGAAUCAAUGUCUGACGUUUAUUAUCUAAACGUACACAACGGCACUACACUUCUGGACUCCUUCCGUGAUCGGCACAAGAGAGCGAUUAACACAGUCUUUGCUGCAGCUCUGGCUAGCACGAAUAGUUCGAAACGCGGGCCACAGGACGUCUUUGGCAAUAUUCACAUUCCGAUGCUAGAGGCUCAAACGCACGAAGCUGGAGCAGAUGGCUGGUUGGAUAUGACUAUGAAUACUGCAUCAAUGGAUGUCGCAUUGCUGGGCUUACCACAUAUCGGUGCUGCUGCUCAAGCCAACUCGUCGUUCAUGCUUGAAACGUCAUAUCUCAUGCUCGACUGCGACGUGCAUGUAGUCGACGGCGAAUUUCCGUUGAGGCUUAAUGAGUCCAAAGUGUAUCAAGCACAGCAUUUGCCUGGCUCACGAUACGCGCCCUCCCAAGCGUUGUACAAUAAUCCAGACUCCAUCUACGGUUCAGUCUUGCGAGACCUCACAGCUGAACACGAAUGGAACGAUACGUUGCCUCGUCGGAUCGGGUUCCAGUCUAGGUCUUAUCCGGCCCAAUCGAAGGACACUAGAGCCUGGUGUAACAUUACGACGACCUAUAUUGAAGCUCACACGGUGUGCGGUGGAGGUCCACGAGACUGCAUGGUAGUUGCUAUUCGUGAGCUUCCAAAGCAGCAGUGUCCACCGACCGCAACUGCGCUGGACGAAAUCAACAAGUUCAAGUGCAGGGACGGCAUCUAUGGAAUCAAGGGCAAGUAUACGGCUGCCACUUUCUUCGCUCAAUUCAUGAAUGCAAUGCCAUCACGAUACGGCGAAUACACACCAGUCGAGCAAUACUUUCUGACUCCAGAGCUUCCGUUUGUGGUUGGAAACAAUUCCAUUCCAAUCGGCUCGAUUGGCAAUACGCUCUUUGCGCAAAGAUUCUCUCAACUGCUCAAUACUUACUGGCUAAGCACUCUUGCUCCGUAUGCAAUUGCUGGCAACUUUACUUAUCCUUUGGAGGACACAAAGCAGAGCAGUGAGCCUAUUGCGGACGCAACGCCCGCUUAUGGAGUCCGAGCGACUGAAGCUACUGUGAGAGAACAGCGAACUGUGUUGCGCUGCCACAAACUAUGGGUGGCCGUACUCGUCGUUAUCUCGGUACUGCUCAUCGGCGCAGGGCUUACUACUGCAGUGCUUAGCAUCCUCAGAACUGGCCCGCUGGUGCUGGACGAUUUCGCUAGUUCGUUGCGCAACAACCCGUACGCACUGCUGCAGCAAAAGAGCUCGAUGGAAGAUGGCACUGAUGUUGCAAGACGAUCUCGACACGUCAAAGUGCAGCUCGGUGAUGUCCAGCCUGAAGAAGAGGUAGGCUACAUUGCAGUCGCCAGGCCUGGUCCUAAUCAAAUUGUUGCACGAAUCCGGAGAAACAGAGUGUACGCUUGAGAAUGCUCAGUUUGUUGGUUUGUGCUUAGAAUCGGUUCUGUCUGUGCACAUUGACUUGUACGGGCAUGCAUCACUGCUGCUUGUCGUCCUUCAUUCCUCCUCUGAUCGAAUGCUGCCGCGUGUACGUGCUAUGAUAGUGCCGAUACGCACAUCUUAUCAGUGCAUCUCAUUACUUGUUGCAGUGGAUGACUUGAGAUUCAUUGGGUCUUUGAUCCUUGGUCACAGGUCGCGAUUCGAUGCUUGUGCUUCACAUAUUCAAAUGGAAGAUCGUUCUGUGAAUGCUGAAGUGAGCAUCAGGGUCCUCUUGGCGUGUGAUGAAAGGAAAGCACG